AUGCUUACAGACGAUCUAACAAGCACUUCCAAAUACGAUGCAGGCCUCCAGACCGAAGCACACUACAGUGCUCAGAUGAACGCCUUUCAGUUUAAACUCAGAUCAAAGCUUUUAAGACUUGUCCAACGUGAAACGCCUCUUCUUUCUAAAAUACAGAAAUCAUGCUACACAGAUUGGCGAGACAUCUACUUCACAUAUUCAGCAAACCUCGGGUCACACACAUUCUACGUGCUAUGUCUUCCGCUACCCGCUUGGUUUGGGUACUCCUACCGUGAUUUGGUCUAUGUUCUGGGACUAGGCAUAUUUUUCACAGGCGCAGUCAAAGAUUACCUCUGUCUUCCAAGACCGCGUUGCCCGCCUCUUGUCCGCAAAACUAUGAGCCACUAUACAUCGCAGGAGUAUGGGUGUCCCUCUAGCCACUCAGCCAACGCAGCUGCGGUGUUUAGUCUGCUUUCAUACCACAUACUAACCAACCUUGACUCGUUUACGGCUACAACGGCUAUACUGCUCAUGCUUGUUCUAUUUUUAUACUUCGCCUCAAUGGUGUUUGGACGGAUCUACUGCGGCAUGCACGGCAUCGUGGAUGUAGUGGUGGGCAUAUUAAUAGGCACAUCAACGGUAAUUCUGAGACUGAUUACCAAAUCCAAUUGGGACUCUUUUUUGACAAGCAGCUCAGUCCUGGCACCCACUAUCGCAGUGGGACUCUAUUACGCACUAUUAUACUUCCACCCUCUUCCUGUUGAUCACUGUCCGUGCUUCGAGGACAGUGUCGCGUUCAUGGGCGUGCUGAUGGGCCUCGAUAUAGGAUUCUGGUUGCUCGCCAACUCUUCUUUUAAAGCCGCAGACAUGGAGUACCAUGGUACCUGCAAAUACUCUCUGGAGCAACUCGGAUACAUGAAAAGUGCUCUUAGACUGGCCCUAGGAAUUUCCAUUCUGGCGGCCUGGAAGACUCUUGCUAAGCCACUGCUCACCAUUAUCUUGAAGCCGGUACAUUCGCGAGCGUUUGCAAGUCAAGCUACCAAACUCGACAACCCGAGCGAUUGUGCUGCACUAAGACCACGUUACGAACUACCACUUCUUGUAAGGCUUGGUGUCUAUAGCGGCAUUGCCAUCAUUGCUCUUUGGAUGGACGCCAUUUACAAAUACGUAGGACUAGCUUUGGACUAG